AUGGAUCAACGGGUCCAGACUUACAGCAAUGGAACCGAUCUCGGCCUUGCCCCAAAUCGCCUCCAAUCACACCACACCAUGACCGUCGUACAACCCAGAUUGGAGGGCUCAGCACGCUUGUUUGUAAUGGACACAGUCAACGUCAAUGGACUUCCAGAAUUCCUGGCACUGGCCAAGAGAGCGCCCAUCGCAGCUGGCCUUAUUGCUCUCCCAUUUAUCGAAUCCGCCUUUGCCAUUAUUGUCAUGGGCAUUACGGCUGCCGCCAUCAACAACGACAACAUGGCGUUUGGUUGGGGUGUACCGCCUAAACGCAUAUACAUCAUCGUCGUUUCUGUCUUCACCAUAGUUAUUUUCGUCGCGUUGAGAUUAUUCUUGGGACGUGUCAAGGAGGAGAAGACCCUGCAGAAUCUCGGCUUCACCUCUACGAAGCAAUCCAAGGGCUCAACAUUACUUUGUGUCUCUUAUUUUCCAUCUCUUGUUUACUAUCAUGGAUCGAUCUAA